AUGAACUCCCUCAAUAUCCUCUCGUCCCGCGUUAUCGGCCAGACGACGCCCACUUCGCCCGGAUCCCGAUCCCGUUCGCACUCCCAAGGCCCUGCGUUUUCUGGCAGAAAUAGCUUCGCGGAAAAUCGUUCCUAUAGUGAGGGAAAUCUACAUGACAUCGGCUCACUCGAGGGCUCAACCGAGGAGGAGUUGACUAGCCUUGAGCAACCUAGUGACGUUCCCGCGGACAAUGAUGCUGGGGCAGAGAAGGUCCCUUUGCUCCCCGGGCUACAAGUGAACGGGAAGAUACUGGGAGCCAGCGAUCUGCACACAAUUGCGCAACAGCUUGUCGAGGUAAUUGCGGAAGCAUUGUCCUCGAUACUGUACACCCUUGCUUCCCCGGCUAUUUACAUUGUACGCUCGUUUCGUGAUGAAAAUGGACGAUACUCGCCUCUCAACCCCGUCCGGCGGAUGCGGUGGACGCGCUCGGAGCAGAGAAGAGCCUCCAUACCGGCUCAAGGGCCGGGAGCGAGGAAAUCUAGGUCUGACUCCGAGAAAGGCACCGCCAGCUCGAGAAGUUUGAGGAUGUAUCCCUCCAGAGAGUCGAUAUCCUCGAUAUCAUCAAAUGCGUCGGAAUCGGAGACCGAUCGAAGAGCGCCUACACCUAGUGGCCGGCAUUUGAGAUCCAAAUCCGAGCAAAUACCCAGCAGCGGAGAGGAAGUGACGCCAAGACGUUCAAUACGCAUCCAGAUUCAAAAUAACCGCAAGAAUAGAAGAGACAAAACGCAAAAGAGGCGAGGGAGUGAACUGAGCGAUGCUACAAACGUCGCUGCCGAGAGUCUCAAGUCACCUAUAUCUCCUUCUAUCCAUCGAAUCACCAAAUACCCGCACGCUCCCGCUCCACCACGGCCACUGAUCCCGCCACGACAGCCCUCCUACGCCCCCGGAUCGAGUUCUGCAUUCCCGCAAAAGACACUAGUCCUCGACCUCGAUGAAACGCUCAUCCACUCUCUCGCAAAAGGCGGCCGUAUGUCCAGCGGCCACAUGGUCGAAGUCCGCCUGUCCACACCCAUGACUACAUCCACCACCCUCGAUGGGCCGACCACGACCCUAGGCCCGCAGCAUCCCAUCCUCUACUACGUCCACAAACGGCCGCAUUGCGACGUCUUCCUCCGCAAAAUCUGCAAGUGGUACAAGCUCGUCAUCUUCACGGCAAGCGUGCAAGAGUACGCCGACCCCGUGAUCGACUGGCUGGAGCAGGAGCGGAAGUACUUCCAGGGUCGGUAUUAUCGGCAGCAUUGCACGUUCAGGAACGGGGCGUAUAUCAAGGAUUUGAGCUCCGUGGAGCCAGAUUUGAGUAAAGUGAUGAUUUUGGAUAAUAGCCCUAUGAGUUAUAUAUUCCAUGAAGACAACGCGAUCCCGAUCGAAGGUUGGAUCAACGAUCCGACGGACAAUGACCUGCUGCAUCUCAUCCCCAUGCUGGAAGCAAUGCAGUACGUGACUGAUGUACGAGCCUUGCUGGCCCUACGGCGCGGUGAAGCCAUGACAUAG